AUGAUCGCACGAAUCCCAUGUAAUUGGCAUUUCAAUCCUCCCGCCGCCCCUCAUAUGGGUGGAAUAUGGGAGGCUGGCAUUAAGAGUGUAAAACACCAUUUAAAACGAGUUAUCGGAAUUCAAGUACUAACCUAUGAAGAAAUGGAAACGUUAGUAAUUCGUAUCGAAGGACAACCUAUUUUGUCUUUACCCGAAAUUGACGUUACUGCAGUACCUAUGAACCGAUUAACACGCUGGCAAUUGAUUCGUCAAAUGCACCAAUCGUUUUGGAAACGUUGGUUAAGUGAGUAUUUAACGACACUUCAAGGCCGACUUAAAUGGACAACAAAAGAAGAAAAUAUAAAAAUUGGAGAUCUUGUCAUUGUUGAAGCUCCAAAUCGCCCACCGGCCGAAUGGAAAAUGGGCCGUAUUAUAGCAGUCCAUCCAGGCUUAGACCAAGUAGUACGCGUGGCUACCGUAUAA